AACGCAGAGUUGACCUACCAUAUCUAUCUAUAUAUAUAGAGAGAGCGAGAGAGCGUACAGGUAUAUAUUUGUUCACACACAAAUCUGAAUUAACCCAAGCAAGACGUGCUGUGUACGGUGGUUCAACAUUCUAAUUAAGAUGAGGUUGGUGACAGCGGCCCUUCUGUGCCUUCAUCUUGUUCUACAAGCUGAAUCUGCAGAUCGAAUCGUCACUACCAAUGUUGGACUAAUUAAAGGAAAAUCAAAAACUGUUAACAUAGACAAUAGCAACAAGGAAAUCUAUGAAUUUCUGGGAAUUCCCUUUGCAGAGCCCCCUGUGCGCUUUAUGAAACCAACAGCCAAAGCCAAUUUUACAGAAACGUUUGAAGCCAUGGAGUAUGGGCUACCGUGUCCACAGUAUGCUACAGGGGGAAUUUAUCUGACCAUAAAAAUGCCAGAGAUUACCAGUGAAGAUUGUUUAAGUUUGAACAUCCACACACCUAAUACCGUGGGUUCCUAUCCCGUCAUGAUUUUUAUCUACGGUGGAGGAUUUUCCGUGGGACGAUCAUCUUCGUACAAUGGGGAAAUCUUAGCAGCUUAUGGCGAAGUGAUUGUUGUCACAAUAAACUAUAGAGUUGGACCGUUUGGAUUUUUAUCAACGGGAGAUGACCAGGCACUAGGAAAUUAUGGCUUGUGGGAUCAACAUUUAGCUAUAAAAUGGGUGAACAAUAAUAUUGAUAGUUUCGGUGGAGAUGUAUCUCGUAUUACAGUAUUUGGUGAAUCAGCAGGAGCCGGAAGUGUUAACCUACAAAUGCUUCAUGCGGGUAAUGAUGGAUUAUUUCAAAGGGGUAUAGCUGAAAGCGGAGCGGCGAAUACCAUUUGGUACGACACCCCGGCUAAUCUGAUGUACAGUGCCGCUAAACAACUGGCUCUCAAGAUGAACUGUUCUCUACCAGCAGAUAAAAAUAGCCAAGAAUUGGUCAAAUGCUUGAGAAGUCAAAACUUUACCGAAAUAGCAAAACAGGCAGAAGGCAUUACUUUUUCACCAUGGGUGGAUAGAGAGUUUCUAACAGCCGAAUCCUUAGCGUCAAUUCAAUGGCCGACAACUCACAACAACUCCAUACGAUAUCAGAAUUUUGAUUUCAUAACUGGAGUCAAUGGUUAUGAUGGACAUUACUUUAUGAUGACUAUAUACUCACGCAUGAUUGAUACCAUGAAAACAAGCCCCACUAAUGUUUUAAGAACUAUGUUUCGGGGGUUUGUUAAGGGUUUUAUGACACCGAUGGCACCGAACCCAAAUUCUCUAGAAGCUAUCGUAGAUGCGGCUAUGUUUUUAUACACAAAUGCGGAGAACCCGGAUGACCUGAACCAUAACAUGAAACAAGUAACAGACUUUGUCACUGAUUACUUCUUUUUCGUCCCCGGUUAUAAAGAUGUACACAUUCAUAGCCACAUGAACAACAAAUCUAAAACAUAUCAGUAUGAAUUUAAUCACGUGUUCCCAUAUAUGCCACCGGGAAACGAGUAUCUCUUGGGAGCCACGCAUGCUUCCGAAUUAAUGUAUGUGUUCGGCUUCCCUUCAUCAUUAAAUGACUUUUUCAACUAUACAAGAGAUCAAGCAGCCACCCAAUGGACUACAUCUAAACAAGUAAUGGACUAUUGGACCAAUUUUGCAAAAACAGGAAAUCCAAAUAAACCGAAAUCUGUACUAGCGGAAUGGAAACCGUUCAACCAUGAUAAUCAAGACUAUUUGUACUUUCCAAUGACCGGAAAUCCAAGAGGUGAAACGUUUCUGAACGCUCGUCGUGCCGAGUUUUGGGUACACCUUUUACCUAAAGUUAUCAAAAACAGUGCUGCUGUGACACCUGAAACUAAACCAUGCAAACCUACCUCCAGCAGUAGUACUAUUUAUAGCAAUAUUCUAUUGUGCGUUAUUCUUGUGGCAAUGGUUUUGAAAGCAACACCGUAAUGAUCAGCAAAAUGGAGGAUGGCGUUUCUAACGGAUAUUUUUUGCUAAAACGGCAUAAUAGAUGAGAUAGUAUAUCACACCCAUUAACAAUUUUGUUGGCGCAUUUUCUUAAACCGCAUAUUGAUUAAAAUGGCUUAGUUUUGAUUUAAAAAAAAGUAAUUGUCAAUUUAUUGCAUUUAUAUUCUGAAUUGUUUUAUAAAGGGCAUUUUUCAGAAACUGCAUAAAAUAUUUUAAUGGCUUGUAUUUUUCGUAUAUUUCGUAACAAAAAUACCAAUUAACAUUGCAAACCGAUUUCUUUGGAUUUGUUUGGUUAAGCGGGGUUUUGGCUAUGUCCUAAAGAAGCUAAACCUUUAAAAGAAAUAAAGUAUUGAAUUAGCAUGAUUAAUAAGAUUGGUUAGUCGGCUUGUUUACUAAUUUUAUCUUACUUCGUUAUUCCACAAACAAAUCAACAUCUAUUAUUGAGUGAAGCGUGGGUAAGCGAAUUAUUGAAAUAAAACUAUAUAUUAUGUAUCCUAUGUUAGUUCCAAAAUGAUCAGGUUUGGUUUAUUUUUAUGAUAAAUUAUGACCUAAUUAACUAUCUUUACAAUUUAAUCAGUUUAUAUAUUUAUAUACCAAUAACAAAUAAAUAUAUUUUUUAAAA